GGCAUCCGGCUGGAGGAGUCCCGGGGCGAGCUGGUGAAGACGCCGACGGACGGUCUCCCCGAGAGCAGUUGGAAUCAAAAUGACGACGGUUGCACCAGUGCCUGAAAAUUCCUCGCCUUCAACUAAUGUGACAACAAAAUCUCAAGAACAGAUUCUUUAUCAGAGCUCCGGAGCCAUUGUGGCAGCCAUUGUGGUUGGUGUCAUAGUUAUAUUCACGACGGUUCUGCUCUUGCUGAAAACAUAUAACAGACACAUGAGGACAAAGCGAGAGCUGGAGCCCAAGAAUGCGAAGGUCACGAUCCCCUCCAUGUUGGAACAGAGCGGCCACGGCACGGGCCGUAGCACGAUGGUGACAUUUGUCCCUGCAGACAUCCACCUGCCACAAAGAAGGCCGUGAGACACAGCCACCUUCAGAAUGGAAAACAAGAGCAAAACUCCGGCCUACAGAGUCCAGUGGAAGCGCCGACGCAGGGGAGGUCAGGACUGUAAUUGGAGUGUCACCAGUGGCCUUUCUGCGACCUCCUAUCCACAUCCUUUUUUCCUUUUCCGAAGGGAGAAGACAAGACAGAUUCUCGGUGCAACUGGGGCCAUGCCACGUGGGCACCCCAUCCUAAA